CUUCAGUGUUUUAAUUCUUUUCCGAGUUUCAAGCCUACUACUUCUUCUACCAUGAAGGUUGGGAUAGCAGCUUUUAUAGCAGGAAUCCUUGGUGGGAUUGGUGUUCUACUGUUUCUCACAUCUUUUGGAACAGAUUAUUGGCUGCUAGCUACAGAGACAUGUGGUAUCUUUGAACCUGGAAAUAACACUCUUCAGACUGGAGAGGUCGAAGUCUGGGGCGAGACCAGAAAAGAGAUCCUCACUUUUCAUCAUGAAGGUUUCUUUUGGAGAUGUUGGUUCUUUGGCAAGGAUUAUGAGGAGACCAUAUGGAACUUCUGGUUCACUAACCAACCACACCCCAAGUUCUGCAUGCACGGCUACCUGUUUCCUAUGCCCAUUGCUCAUGGACCUGUUCCACAUCCUUCCUAUGAUGCAACUGCAGUGUACAGAGGCUUCUGGACUGCAUUUAUCAUGGUAGCUGUCGCUGCCAGUCUGGUGGGAGGAUUCCUGUUGGUGUGUGGUGUGCCCUUUGUCAAUGCUAGAUUUUAUAAAGUAGGAGGCGGAUUCCUCAUCACAUCUGGAGGUUUGUUUUUCCUGCUUGUAUUUCUGUUUGUGAUAUGGAAGGAGCUUGCAGCUGAUCUGCAGAAAUACAUACUUCUAGAAAGAAGUGAAAAAUGCCUGGAGGACACCCUUGUGAAUGUGUAUUAUGGAUGGUCAUUUAUGUUUGCUGCAGCUGGGGUUCCCUUGGUUUUAAUUUCAGGACUUCUCUUUUACCUUGUUGGCCAAAGCAUUCUGAAAGCACUGGAGUAAAAAUAAUCUGUAGAGUUAAGAUGUGUUCUGAUAAAAUCUUUUAAUGCUGUCUGGAAAUUUAGUCACAUCAAUUUUGGAGAUUAGACAAUUUUUGUAGUCAUAUUUUGUCAGGUUAUAUGCUUGAUCAAGAGUCACUGUUGAAUAAAGGCAAGGAAGGAACACUGCAAAAAUACAAAACCAGUAAUUUAAAAAAAGAUGGUCCUGAACCCAAAUCCACACUCCAAAUAUUUAUACUGUGUAAACGUUCAUAUGGACUUUCUUGAUCUGCCUCUAAUUGGAAAGACCAAAGCCUGGAUACUUGGAUACCAAGUUGAAGAACUGUAGACACAUUUUUGUUUGGGUUCAGACCCAAAUUUUGCAGGCCUGGUCCAUUUUGCUUCAGUCAAUGAGAUAUUAUUUUUAAUAGGCUGUGCAUAUUUACAACCUGCCUGUGGGUCUCAAUAUUUAUAAAUAUUCAGAGAGAUUGGGAUGUGAAGUUAUUCCUAGUACCCUUGCUUCUUGUUUUAAAGGUAAUCAAAUCUGGCUGUGAUGAUAUACAUUCUAAGCUCUAUUUGUGAAAACCAAUUAAGCAUGAUUUUUUCUAAGUUAGCUUUAAUUGACAUUUAAAGGACAGCUAUUACAUAAUGCCAGGAGAUGCACUUUUUUCCCUGCUCAUUUAAGGUCUCAAGCCUGCAAACACAAAGGUGCAUCUACCCAACUUUAAAUAAGGGAAUAGAGCCGUUAUUUCACAGGAAAUAAAUCACUUAGUUAUUGUAGAUACAGUAGUUUCCACUGUGUACUACAUGUUUUCCAAACCCUCAAGAUGGUCCUUGCCCUGAGAAUUUAACAAUCUAAGGACAGGCAAAUUGACAGGGCUAGGGGAAGGGAACGGGAACAACAAUAUUAUAAUACUCUGUUUGAUGUGAUGGUGCCUAUGGGCCUACCAAAAUGGGACCCUAUUGUGCUAGGUACAAAUGCAGAAUAACAGACAAUCCCAGAUACAUUACAUACAGUAUAAAGGUAAAUAAGUGCUUGAGUACUCAAGUGUGUACAUGUGUACAGAGGCUUUCAUUACAGUAGCACAUGCUAAUUGUAGAACACUACAGGCAAAACUGUUUCAACCCUAAGGGCAAAGUAGUUUCUAUUUGUACUGUACAAGAAGAUUUGUAAAAAAUAUGAGAGAAAUUAUAAGAUUUGGUCCUGUCACUAUGUGUUUUCUUUUAGUGAUCUCAGUGCUUUAAGUAGCUUGUGGCAGGCUCUUGCCUGCUUAGUUGAUUUGCAUAAUAUUUGAAUCAAACUUUUCACAAUAUCUGCUUUAUUUGUGACUGCCAUGGUUUGAAUUAAACAUAUAUCUUUGAGUUAUAUGCCAGGCUAUUGACUAGAUGUAGUUAGUUAAUAAUGUGAUGUAAAUCUGUUGUAGAAUGCAGUGAAAUUUGUUGGAGGUAUAAAAAUGUUUAUUACUGUUUCUCAGAUAUUUCUCAAGUAUGGCAUUUCUUGUCCUUUGAUGGCAACCAAUGGAGCAAGUUCUAAUUACUUUUUUACAAGAUCCAUGGCAUGCAUAGAAUGAGCAUUUGUAAUUCCAACAUGUAAAGAUUUCUCUUUUGGUAUGAAUAACAGGCUUAGUCUGUAGUUCUCACUUAAUAAAAUUCACACUGAUUCCCAUUAAUGGAAAUUUUGUUUGAAUAGGAUGGCUAUAAACAGUAUAGUCUGUAUUUUUUAAGUGAAGAGAUGUUUCAUGGCAUUUGGAAAUACACAGAUAUUU